GGUGUCACUCCAUAUUCCCACAGAUUGUUCCUAAUUCUUCAUCCAGAGUAAAACCUUCCACGGAGACACACAACACUGCUUCUCCUCCUCCUGUGUCCCUUUCUGCUUCUUCUUCUUCUUCUUCUUCUUCUUCUCUGACAGCAGAUGGACUUGGUAGCGCCUCCAAGCCUUUCCCUGGUGUCUCUCUUGUCCCUGUUGGCAUGUAGCGUCCAGGUGUUAGCAGCUGCACUGCUUAUGAGCAGGUUUGGGGGACAGAGCUCUUCAGUGGACAGGUGGAUCCUGCUGUGGCUCUUCUAUGAUGUCAUUGUCCACCUGACACUGGAGGGUCCGUUUGUUUACAUGUCUCUGGUGGGGAAGGUGGAGACGUCUGAAGGGCCUCUGGCUGAACUCUGGAAAGAGUACGGUAAAGCGGACAGUCGUUGGCUGAUUUCUGAUCCUACAAUCGUCUCCAUUGAACUUCUGACGGUCUUCCUGGACUCACUGCUCGCUGUGCUGCUUUUACAGGCAGUGAUACAGGACAAGUACUACAGACACUUCCUGCAGAUCGCUCUGAGCGUGUGCGAGCUUUAUGGCGGUUGGAUGACCUUUGCUCCUGAUUGGUUGGUGGGAAGUCCCAGUCUGAACACGUCCAGCUGGCUGCACCUGUGGGUCUACCUUGUCUUCUUUAAUGGACUCUGGGUCCUGGUCCCGGUCUUGCUGUUGAUCCAUUCCUGGUUUUCUCUCCAAGGUCUGCACAUGCUCAGAGUGGACGAGCACAAGAGCAGGAAGAAGGUUUUGUGAGGAUGAUGAGGAUGAUGAACGGCGGUGUUGAUCUUUGAAUUGAAUAAAAGAUGAUGAAGAAUCAGA